CCCAACCACUAAACCAAAACCAAGCCAUCCAUCUCACCAUGACGGUCAUUCCCAUCGCCAUCACCUCAGACCCCGUCUGCCCAUGGUGCUACAUCGGCUACCGCCGCCUCACCAAAGCCAUCCGCCUAUAUCAACGAACCUACCCCAACGGAAGCCAAGACACCAUCCACAUCACCUGGAAGCCCUAUUUCCUCGACCCGGAUGCCCCAAUCCAAAGUAUCCCCUACAUCGACCGAAUGACCCAGAAACUCGGAGCCGAAAAAGUCGCCCCCUCACAAGCUCAUCUCCAACGGCUCGGGGUACCAGAUGGAAUCCGGUUCCGGUUCGGGGGUCGAAUCGGGAAUACGUUGCGUGCGCACCAGGUGAUUCUGCUCUGCGAAAGGGUGGACAUUGAGAAGGGGACGGAUUAUACAACGGGGGUGGUGGAGGGGUUGUUUCGGAAGCAUUUUGAGGAGGAGGCGGAUAUUACGGAUGUUGAGACGUUGGUGGGGAUUGUGGGGGAGGUGAGUCGGGGGGAUGGGUUGGAGGAAGGGCGGGUGAGGAGAUGGUUAGAGAAUGGAGAGGGGGUGGAAGAGAUACAGGAGAUGGCGGAACGGGCGAGAAAGGAGGGGAUUCGGGGGGUGCCAUGGUUUCGGAUUGGGGGGGAGGGAGAUGGAGGGAGAGUGGUGACCUUAAAUGGGGCACAGGAUGUGGAGGAGUUUUUCCAAGCAUUGAUCGCGUAUAAAGAAGGAGGGCGGAGGUUGGAGGAAGAUGGUGGAGUGGGAACUAAGUGUUGAGUAGUGUUUAGCUUAUUGGUACUUAGUUAGUUAGGAGUCCCCCCAGGCAAUCAAACCGCCCUCCCGGUUGUUCCC